GCUUUAUUCCCUGAUGCUGUUCCAACUCACACUAUUCAGUGAACCUCCACCUAGAACCUAUUCUAAAUACCAUAGUGUUACCACGGCCAGGACAGGUGAAAGGAUACCUUAAGACUGGGAUGAUGUUGGAUGGAGAAGAGGCUGGGUUAAUUCUGAAAAAAAGGCCAAGAAUGUAUAAUCUCCAACCAAACAGUGGUGAGCAGAAGAUCAACAGAAAGUCCUGCAUUAUGGUUCCACCUGUUCCACGACGUCUGUGUGUGGAGACAAUGGAGCGGGAGGAAAUUUGAAGAAACUAUGGCAAGAGAAUGUGGUUGAAAGCAGAGGAAAUUCUUCAUGAUUGAGAGUAAAGGAAACAAGCUAUUAAACGCAAGGUCCGGCGAUGGAUUAAGAUCCUACUUUAGCAACAAUCUCCAACCUUGCUAAGAACAGGAUGAUGUGAUGGUCAUCUGACCCAGUUCCUCCUGUUUGACUGUCCAUGUAGUCGAGGUCGGAGCCAAUGGACAGUCCCUGCCUAGUUCAUCUCACCUUGACCCUGCUGGCUUUUCUGAACCCGUGUCUGAUGACACCGACUCCCAGAGUCUCCUUCCCAAUGGGCAGCGCAGGAAGGCGUCUGGUGUUGUUCAGCAGCCAUGAUGUCAGGAACACCACAACUCUGCUUCUCAGCGAAGAUGGAGAAAGGCUGUACGUAGGAGCCCGCGAUGCUGUGUUAGCGCUGGAUGUUAGCCGCAAAGACGCCAUCCUUCUGAGGAGCAAGCUGGACUGGAGCCCCUCAGAAGAAGACCUGGAAAAAUGUUCCAUGAAGGGCAAAAACAAGGUGGACUGUUCCAAUUUCAUCCGAGUUCUGCAGUUCUUGAACAGCACCCACAUGUACGCCUGUGGAACGUUCGCCUUUAGUCCCCGCUGCAUGUACAUCAACUCAGAGAAUCUCACACAGAGCCUCACUGCUGAUGAAGGAAGAGGACGCUGCCCCUAUGAUCCCUAUCAACGCAACACUGCUAUCAUUGUGGGUGGAGAGCUUUACACCGGCACAGUGGCAGACUACAGGGGAAACCGACCAGUCAUUUCCAGACACCUCAGCGAGGGCAGCCGCGUCGACCUCAAGCUGGAUGACACAUUAGGAUGGCUCGAGGAUCCAACUUUUAUCAGCUCCAAGUUUAUUCCACAAGAGCAGAAAAUCUACUUUUUCUUCAGCGAAGUGGGCAGAGAGUAUAACUUUGUGGACAAAUUUCUUGUCUCCCGAGUUUCCCAGAUCUGCAUGAGUGACAUCGGAGGCCAGCGGACUCUGCAGCGACGAUGGACCACGUUUGCCAAAGCUCAGCUGCUGUGCCAAGCUGGCAGCGAGCUGCCUUACAACGUGAUUCAGGACAUGGACAUGCUUCCACCAGCAGAGGGAGCUUCAGAGGAUGACACACUGUUUUAUGGCAUCUUCACGUCCCAGUGGGCUGUCAACAAUGGACGGUCAGCGGUGUGUGCCUUCAGCCUGACUGAGAUCAAAUCCAUUUUCUCUGGUAACUACAAGGUGCUGAACAGAGACACGCUGCAGUGGAGCACAAGGGUUCAAGACAAGGUUGCAAAUCCAGGAGAGUGCGGCCUGCACAACGCAUCGGACAAUGCUCUGCGCUUCGUCAAGGAGAAUUUUCUGGCAGAAGACAGCGUGCGUCCGGUUGGAAGGCGUCCAACCAUGGUGUCUGCAGAGCACGCCUACAGCCACCUGACUGUCCAGAGAGUCCAGGCGGCCAAUAAGAAGCUGUACACCGUCCUCUUUCUGCUUACAGAGUCCGGUCAUUUACACAAAGCAGUGCUCCUCCAGCAUGGACCCUUCAUCAUCGAGGAGCUCCAGGUUUAUCAGCCUCCUCAGGCCAUCAGGAGCCUGAAGCUGUCCGUUCCAAAGGGUAUGGUGUACGUCGGCACGUCGGAGGGGGUGGUGAGGAUUCCAACCGCUAACUGUUCGUACUACUGGACCUGUGCCCAGUGCGUUCUCUCCCGGGACCCUUUCUGUGGUUGGGACCCUGUGGGCAGGGCCUGUGUGGAGGUUUCUGAGACCCAAACCGCUCUGAGCCAGGACAUAGAUGGAGCGAAUGUCGAGGAAGCCUGUAACAGCAUUUCAUUGACGCACAGAGGCAAAUUUGGGCCAAGCAAGCUGCCCACAGCCUCGUGUCCCGCAGGCGAGCUGGUGUCCGUGUCUCUGAAUGAAGUGGUUCGGCUGCACUGUCCUGCUGCUUCGCAGCUGUCCCAGCAGCUGUGGGAGCGACCAAACAGCCGGCUGUCCUCAGACCUCUACCUCCACCUGAAGGACGGCAGUCUCAGCUUCGUGGCCACCCCAGCCACGCUGGGCCACUACCUCUGCCUGUCCACAGAGAAUGGCUACCGACAGACCAUGGCCAUUUAUCGAGUCAAGCAGAGGAGCAAUCCUGUGUCUCAGACCCCGACCGGCUACACCCGGCUUCACACGCGAGGCCAGCCCACCACUCAGGCUGCAGCCACACCUGGACUGCAAGUUUCUGUCGGGGGGGGGCCUAAAACAACAGCAUCCAGACCGGCUGAGACUAAAACCUCGCUGUCCGUCAGGAACAGUCAGGUCACCACGAAACAGCUCGGCAGAAAUGUCACUUUGUGGAUGGAGGAAUCUGGACAAACGGAAGCGGGGAUCCCCGGUGGGAAACCCGUGCACUCGGCUCGCUGCACCAGCUUCCUGAAGGAGCUGGUGGUUGUGUCCAUUCUGCUGGUUCUGUGCCUCAGUCUGCUCCUCACCAUCACUCUGUAUGUUCUUCGACAACGCUGCCGCAGAAGAACUGCUCCUGUAACAGGAAGUGUAAGCAGGAACUCUGAGAGGAGGACGCCUGAGGAGCAGGAGGCCCUCAGGGAAAAUGAGUUUGGGAGCAAACACAAUGGCCAGGCACCUCUGGGUGGACAUGCCAGUGGGCUGGUUUGUAAUGGGAAUCUUACAGACUCUACACAGAAUUUGCCAAACACCCCCUUCUGAGCCAGACUUAAAAUCACACCGGAAAUCUUCCUAUGGAACCAAAGCAGAUCUAAUUUUAUUAAUUCUCCACAUUUCAAGCUGUUCUGAAAUCUAGGAAGAACUGUGCUGACCAAUGCAAAAACCAUCUACAAAUAAGUUUUAAAAAAUUCAAAAUCUCCCCUUUAUUUCGGCAGAUUAAUAAAAGUAUUUGCCAAUGGAAGUAUAAGUAUUUUUACUCUUUAAAUACGGUAGCAGCUGUCCAAAAUGGUCCUUCAUAGU